AUGGCAAAACCUGGCGAUCGGAUGGAUGAUGAUAAAGAAGCAUCAAAGUCAAACAACCAACUGGUAACACCAGUAAAAGAAGAAGAUUACGAUUGUCAAACUCCGACCUCUAAAGAUCACAAGAUCCAGUCUCCGCGGUUCCACUUGCCACCACCACCGCCAUGUAAGAGAAGAAGGAGGUCGACGGAAGAUGGAAAAGGCGAAGUCAUAGUUUAUGAUCAAAGAACGAUGGAGGAAGGAUUUGCAGCCAUUAACGAGGUGUUAUCAUUCAUCGAUCAAGGGGUGUUUAGCUGGUUUACCGGUCGUCGAUCAUCAAUCAGGGAAAAUGAAGGAGAAGCAAUGAAGGUUUAA